UGACAGCAGCGAAAAUAUUAUCGGUACCAGAGGGAUCCCCCCGUCUGUCAGCGUUGACAAUGCCUCCACCGUCUCGUUCCUCAAUGUAUCUCCAGUCGUCUGACGCGGCCCGUCGCAUGUGAGCCACGAUACUCUGACAACCGACAACUUUGUUGGUCAAUCGGCUCCGGCGUCCGUGGGAUCUGACCAACCAUUAUCGCGAGCGAACCAAUGAGGUCACCAGUUUCCUGGUUUGUCGAUACUUCGUUGACAAUCAGAUGCCAAGGAUGCCUCGGCUAGCCCAAGUCUGGGCGCUCAUUCGCAUCCAAAACCUCGACACCACAUCCCUCCUCCGAUUUUGGCUCUAGCGAUAGCUUCCUGGCCCUGAGAUCACACAAGAGCCAGUACUUGCCGUCAUCAUGCCGCCGACCGGCAACCCGUUCAAUUUCGCACGAAUAACUCUGCUAGCCCUGGUCGAGGUGCUUAUCGUCAAGAAAACCAGUUAUCGCCAUGUUCUUGCCAUCUCUACCACAUCGCUGGUCCUGGCGAUCCUGGCAAUAAACUACGUCUUCUUUCUCGCCUGGAAGCUGUAUCUAUACCCCGUCUACUUCCACCCUCUCUCAAAGUUCCCAGCACCAAAGGUCGUCGACCUCUGGCGAGUGCUGGCUCGUUUUCGGGGAAAGGUUCCGCCUGGCCAGCUACUCCUCGAACUAGCUGAGCGUACCCCCAACGAUGGCAUCAUCAUUCUCCAAGGAGGAUUCGGUACUUCCAUGCUGAUUACCAAGCCCGCACCCCUUGCCGACAUACUCGUCCAUCAUCCGUACGACUUCGUCAAGCACGACGCGAUACGAAAUUUCCUGCGUCCGAUUCUAGGCGAUGGCCUGGUUAUUGUCGAGGGCGAGCAGCACAGGUUCCUGCGCAAGAAUACCCAGCCGGCAUUCAAAUUCGGUCAUAUCAAGGAGCUCUACUCAACAAUGUGGACCAAGGCAAUUGAGAUGAACCAUGUUUUGAAGGAAGAGCUCAGGGAGAAGGGCAACGACACGAGCGUCGAGAUCAAUGCCUGGGCGGGCAAAGUCACCCUGGACAUCAUUGGCAUCGCUGCCUUUGGCCGUGACUUUCACGUACUCGAAAGGCCCGAUCAUCCUCUGGUCAAGAAUUAUGCCGACCUCCUAGAGCCAGGGCCAGCAAAGUUCGCCUACUUCUUCCUGGCCCUGACACUCUCUCGAAAGUUUGUCGACCUGUUCCCAUGGGAAAUUUCUAGGAGAUUCAACCGAACGACCUCCAAUAUUAGAAGGAUAUGUGCCGAACUUGUUCGCGAAAGAAAGGCAGCAAUUGAAAAGCUUGGAGACGACCAGUUCGAUAUCCUGUCCCUGCUUAUCAGAAGCAAUAACUUUUCCGAGGCCGAGUUGGCUGAUCAGCUUCUGACCUUUCUGACCGCUGGCCACGAAACGACUUCUUCCGCCUUUACCUGGGCUGUCUAUAAACUCGCCCAGGACGGCGAAAUGCAAUCCACUCUUCGGUCCGAACUUAAACGCGCCUUACCCGACUUUCCCAGGUUUGCGCCUGGUCAGGACAUUGCCAUUAUCCUCGAACAUCUCCCAUAUCUUAAUGGUGUCAUGAACGAGACCCUCCGUCUCUAUCCUACGGUCCCUAUGACUGUCCGCACCGCCACCUGCGACACAACUGUAUUGGGCCACCCGAUAAAGAAGGGCACAGAGAUCAUGAUCUCCCCUUGGCUUAUCAAUCGAUAUUCCGACAACUGGCCUAGCGCAUCAACAGAGUUCGUACCGGAGAGAUGGAUCGACCAAGAGGGCAAGCACAUUGCAGAGGACGGGACCGAACAGCCGACACAGAAGCCUAACAACACCGGCGGAGUAACGAGCAACUACGCCCAGAUGACGUUCCUCCAUGGUCCAAGAAGCUGCAUUGGUCAAGGAUUCGCCAAGGCUGAGCUUCGAUGCUUGCUUGCCACGUUUGUUUUGGCAUUUGAGUGGAAGCUUGGGAUGGACGAAAAAGACGUCAUGCCUGACGGUGUAAUCACAAUCAAGCCCAACAAUGGGAUGCACUUGAUAUUACGGAGUCUUGACGGGCACCAAAAGGGCUGAUUUCUUUUGUAUCGAAGGACUAAUAUCCAUCUCCCGCUUCCAUUCCUUGAUCUCAAUCUUUCUCUUCUUGGCCGACGUCUGCUUCGGCGCCAGGACCCUAAGUACCUGUAGUGUCCCUGGGGACACAAACUAAUAUCCAUAUGCCACUAUCAUCACUUGACCUCAAUCUUCCUUCCCUUUUGCGGCUGGUGCUUUGGUGCCACGACCUUGAGUAUGCCCUUCUCGAGCGUCGCAUCAAUAUCCAACUCCUCCAAUGGCCCUGGGAAAGCAAACUCGCGCCCGAACUCGCCAACAUGGCGUUCCCGCAAGAAGAAGCGAACAAAUGUGUCAUCUUUCUUCGCACCCUUCUUUCCUCCAGCCUUUUUCUCCGCUUCCGUCUCGGCACUGCCUUCGCCCUCGGCCUUCUGCUUCUCCUUUCCUUUAUCCUCCUUUCCCUUGCUCUCCUUCGCGCCACCUUCUUCCUCAGGAGUAGGGUCGUAUUCCCGCUCAAUUCGCCCAUAGAUCAAGAGGGUAUUCGGCUCCGUCAGUUCGAUAUGGAUAUCGUCCCUGUCAGCACCGGGAACCUCGCCGUACAGCUCGUAGGCAUCCUUGGUCUCGCGAAUGUCGAAGCGCGGGCUGAAACCCCGACUCUUGCGACCCCAACGGCCGCCACCGCCGCCAUGUUGGAUGCGAGGAGGACGGGGCGGCUCUUGACCGCCCGAGACUUCGCGGCUAUAGGUGUCGAAGUCAUCGAGGAGCCGGAAGAGGGUGGUGAAGUUUGGGUCGCUCGUGGCGAAGUCGGAGGGAAAGGUGAAAACCAUCUUGGCGUUUGCUGGGCUUUUGCUGGAUGUUCAAGUCAAGCUGAUAAUCAGCUGGGAUGGAACAACGAUGAAUUGUGGGAGAAUUAUUCGGCUGUUGAUGGCUGUGAUUCUCCAAGUUGGUGUUGUUUGAAUCGAGACCGUAAGAACACGACCGGGGACUUGGAGCUGCCCUUUGCCCCUCUUAAACCGGCUCUCAGCUUUGACCUUUGUCGCUGCUCAGGUGAUGUGUGACGCACUUCCGCUGUAGUUACCAACGAAUAUCGAUGUCACAGAAACGUCAUGUCGGCAAUCAGAUACUGGAGUCUCGUAUAAGGACACGGGCACUGCACCGACAAUGAUGACGCCCUUACUACGUAUGGCACUGGAUACGACACCGUAAAAACUCGGGAAAUUCGGAUUUCAGGUCCGCAGGAGACCAUGCCGGAGAUUUUUCUCUGGUGAAUCAUCAGUCGCAGGAACUUUCCCUAACUCGGCUACGUACCUGAUGCUUAAGGGUCCAGAGACUGGACGAUUCACUCAACCAAAUCACCGGCAGGGAAUUUCCAGCGAAUCUGCAAUUCGGAUCUCGUGAAACUCGUUUCCAUGCCACCCC